AUGAUAAUUGGAUCUCCUGAACGAUAUCAAUACAAUCGUGGAAAUUAUGCAAGACCAUAUUAUGGUGUUUAUGGAUUUCCAAGGACGAGAUAUCGUGAACAUAGAAAGCCACAUAUCAGAGGAUUUGGCGGUUAUGGAAGAUAUGGACGUGGUCGUAAUCGUGGACGUGGAAAAUAUCAUGAAAGAUCAUCCAGUUACGAUAAACCCUUUUACGAUGGAGGAGCAUAUGGUGGUGGUUACGGUGGCAAUUACGGUGGUGGUUAUGGUGGCAUUAAUAAUCCAUUCUUCGGUUAUGGUGAAAGAGGAUCAUUUUACAGAAGUAGUCAUGGUGCAGGAUUCAGACCAUUUAACGGUUUUAAUAAUUUUUAUGGUUGA